AACCAGCAGCACAUUUUUGUCUUACCACCUUCAGUUUGUUUGUCUAUGUCAGGGGUGCAUGUGUAAUUUUUGUUUACGUUCUUGAAGGAAUCCUUUGCUUUGCUUAGUUUCAUAUGCCAGAAUCUGGUGUGUUGUAUCAUCUGUUUGAUGUAUGGGUCAAGAGGAAUGAACUUGGUGUUGCAGGAUCAUGGUUUUAAGCUUCAUAGUCUAACUUUACCCAGAUGGUCUUUGCCAGUAGGACUAUCAAACAAUGGUGAGCUUCUCAUCAUCAAUGGUAGCUGUGCUGCUCUAGCCUGUUUGCACAGAGUCGGCGACGGCGAGUUCGGACCUCCUGUUCCAGAUCGGCAGAGCCAGUCUUACCCUUCGGACUUCGGCUUCCACCUUCCCAACUUCGGAGCCCGCACUCUCGCAUUGCUCCUUCGGACCUUCCGUCCUUCAGUGUUUCAAUGGCGAGUGUAGAUAUACCAGAGGACCUGAUCGAAAACAUCCUCCAGAGGCUGCCUGUGAGAUCUCUGCUGCGACUUCAGUGCGUCCGCAAAUCCUGGUGUGCCAUGCUAAAAAACCCUAGCUUCAUUGCUGACCAUUUACGCUUCAGUUCAACCCAGAACGACAACAAGAGAAAUGUUUUGUGGAUCUGUAGAUGUUACUAUAGGCGCGGCACUUGCUACUGCAUCUCCAUAAACCCGCCCCAUCUGGUGGUGCCGGUUGAGUUUUGUCUCAAGGGUGGUGGAAUCAGUACCCGUAUAGUGGGCCAUUGGAAUGGCAUAAUUUGCGCACGCACCAGCAUAAAGAACUGUGGUGGGCAAGCUAAUCCUAUGGGCCGCAGGUACUUUCUGUGGAACCCUGCAACUAGGGAAUACAAGGUUCUUCCCCUACCGCAAUCCCUGACUCAUGAUUCACGCUGCUACGGACCAGGAUUUGGGUUCGAUUCAAAAACCAAUGACUACAAGAUUGUGAAAUUUGUCAACUGUUACUCUGAGCCAUGUAAAGCUGAGGUAUACAGCUUGAGAAGUGAUACUUGGAGGGAAAUCCAGGCUCCUCCUGUAUGUUUUGAAAAGUACAUUCCCAAAUACUAUGACGGAAACGUAGAUGGAGCAAUAUUUUGGGCUGGAAUCUCAAACGGCCCUGUGAUUGUUUGGUUUGACAUGGCCAACGAAACUUUCCGUUUGAUUCCACUGCCGCAUGAUGUACUCUCCAUUUAUGAACGAGAAGAUGUGUUCCACAUGGUUACGUCGUUCAAGGAAUCCUUUGCCUUGCUUGUUUUUCACAUUUCGGAAUCUGAUUCUUAUAAUUUGUUUGAUGUAUGGGUCAUGAGUGAACUUGGUGUUGCUGAAUCAUGGGUUAAGCUUCAUAGUGUAGCUUUACCUGAACAUUCAUUGCCAUUAGGACUAUCAAACAAUGGUGAGCUUCUCAUCGUCAAUGGUGGAAAUGGUGCUCUAGCUUGGUAUUACCCUAUUACGCGGAAACUUGUUAAUCUAGAAUUUCAAUCAUCAGAAAGCUUCUAUCCAGGGAAAAUUCAAAGUAUAGAGUCUGUUUUUUACACUGAGAGUCUAGUCUCACUCGGGGGACAAAAUGUGCGUAAUAUGGUCUCAGAUCCUUAUUUCCAGGAUCUUUAUCACCCAGAGAAGUUUGCAGACGAGAUUGAUAUGUAGGGCAGUAGACUGCUAUUAAACUGGAAUAAUCAGCAGGGUAUGCUGCACUCAAGCUACAAUUGAGUUUUGGGUGAGUUUGGAUUGUGUUGCAGAUUCAAAUCUUUUGAAGUCUUGAUGCGUGCAAAUUAAAUAUUUUGCUACCUUCUUUUAUAUCUGAACUUUGCUUAAGCUUGGAUAUGAUUUAUAUUAUCAAUCAUUUGAUGAGUUACUUGCUCCGAUUCCCCUUCAAGACAGCAGCUAGUUUUGUUUUUGAUGUGGCAUUUAUUAAUUUGUUUCUGUUAGAUGGAAUUAUUUGCUAUGAGAAAUUGAGAAUUAUUACAUGUAUCCAACUUGGCUUGGCAUUCUUUCUCCCCCACUUUUAAUUUAAAGUCAACUCGGUGAGUAAUGCAGAAAUUAUUUAAUUUGCAGGAUUGUUCGUAA